GAGAGACAGAAACUCAACUCUCUGUCCGUGUGAGAGGCAGAAUGGCUGAGGCCAGUAUCUCAGUGGAUCAGGACCAGUUCAGCUGUUCAAUCUGUCUGGAUCUGCUGAAGAAUCCGGUGGCUAUUCCCUGUGGACAUAGUUACUGUUUGGGCUGUAUUAAGGGCUGCUGGGAUCAGGAUGAUCAUACUGGUGUCUUCAGCUGUCCUCAGUGCAGAGAGACUUUCUUCGCAAGGCCUGUUUUAAGAAAAAACACCAUACUGGCUGACGUGGUGGAGAAACUGAAGAAGACAGGACUCCAAGCUGCUCCUCCUGCUCACUGCUAUGCUGGACCUGGAGACGUGGUGUGUGAUUUUUGCACUGGGAGAAAGCACAAAGCCAUUAAAUCCUGUCUGGUGUGUCUGGCCUCUUUCUGUGAAACUCACCUCCAGCCUCACAAUGAAUCUCCUGCCUUUAAGAAGCACAAACUGGUCAAAGCCACUGGAAACCUGCAGGAGAAGAUCUGCUGUCAUCAUGACAAACUGCUGGAAGUUUUCUGUCGUACCGAUCAGCAGUGUAUCUGUCUGCUGUGUACGAUGGAUGAACACAGAGGCCAUGAUACAGUCUCAGCUGCAGCAGAAUGGACAGAGAAACAGAAGCAGCUGGGGGUAACACAGAGUAAGUUCCAGCAGAGAAUCCAGGAGAGAGAGAAGAAGCUGCAGGAUCUGAGGCAGGCUGUGCAGUCAGUCAAGCGCUCUGCACAGGCUGCAGUGGACGACAAUGAGAGGAUCUUUACUGAGAUGAUCCGCUCCAUUGAGAGAAGGUGCUCUGAGGUGAAAGAGCUGAUCAGAGAUCAGGAGAAGGCUGAAGUGAGUCGGGCUGAAGGACUCCUGGAGCGACUGGAGCAGGAGAUUGCUGAGCUGAGGAGGAGAGAUGCUGAGCUGGAGCAGCUUUCACACACAGAGGAUCACAUCCAUUUCCUCCAGAGCUGUCAGUCUCUCUGUGCCCCUCCUAGAGACUUUCCCAGCAUCACUCUCAGUCCACAUGUGUCUUUUGAGGCUGCGAGGAAAUCUGUCUCUGAACUGAAAGAGCGACUGGAGGAUAUCUGCAAGGAGGAACUGGUCAAAAUUUCUGAAUCAGAUUCCUGUCAGCUCACACAGGACCUCAACACAGCAUUUAAACGCCUCCGUCUGUCUGAGGGUAACAGAGUGGUGAGCCACAGCCAGACGGGGUUUCGUCAGGGCAGCAGCCACUCCCCCUCCCCCUCCCCCUCCCCGUCCCGGGGGAAGAGACGCUCGUGUUCCCUGGGCAGGACGUCCCACCGCUCCUCGCCCCGCAGCCGGGAGUCCCCCCGGCCCAAGCAGCUGCUGGAGGUCAGGCUGUCCCCCGUGAAGACUGAGAGCGAGAUGGACCAUAGCCGUGCGAGCCACUACAACCUGCGCCGCAGGAAGGAAGACGCCGUCACCAAGGCGACCCCGUGUGAGGAGCUGGAGACCAGGACCGUGGAGCUGCUGACCGUGACCAAGAGAUCGGCAACCCCCAAAACCACCGAGCUGGACUUCGGGGGACGAAUAGGGGCCUUCUUCAUGCUCCUCUUCCUCCCGGCGGUGGUCUUCACCCUCCUGCUGAUCUGCACGGCCGACGGCAGCAUCCUCAGCUUCCCGCCCCCCGUCCCGCCCCCAAAGGCCUUCUGGAGCACCCAGGUUUUCGGCGUGGUCCUCCUGUGGAUCCUCUUCCAGGCCGUCCUCUACAUGCUCCCAGUGGGGAAGGUUACUGAAGGAAUUCCCCUUAAGAGCGGGAAGAGGCUGAAAUACAGGAUGAAUGGAUUCUUUGCUUUUCUGGUCACUGCGUUGGCCGUGGGAGUGGCUGUGUACUACGAGGUGGACUUCAGCUACAUGCACGAGCACUUCCUGCAGCUGGCCACGUCGGCCCUGCUGGUCUCCGCGCUCCUGAGCGUGUACCUGUACGUGCGCGCCCGCUGGGCGGCCGGGGACGAGCUCGCUCCGGGGGGAAACUCCGGUCAUGUGAUCUACGAUUUCUUCAUGGGACACGAGCAAAAUCCAAGAAUUAAGAACUUUGAUCUCAAGUUCUUCUUUGAAAUGCGUCCUGGUUUGAUUGGCUGGAUUCUGAUCAACUUUGCGCUGAUGCUUACUGAAAUGAAAAUUCACAAGCUUGACUAUCCCUCAUCGGCCAUGUUACUGGUCAACUUCUUCCAGUUCCUAUACAUUGCAGAUGCUCUUUGGCUUGAGGAAGCGAUUCUGUCCACGAUGGACUUUACGUACAAGGGUUUUGGGUUCAUGCUGGCGUUCGGGGACCUGGUCUGGGUGCCCUUCACCUACACCCUGCAGGCGUUCUACCUCGUCAAUCAUCCCAACGCCCUCUCUCUGCCCUGGGUGGUGGCCAUCUUUGCGAUUAACGCGAUUGGAUAUUACAUCUUCCGUAUGUCCAACUUGGAGAAGAACACCUUCAGAAGAAACCCCUCGGACCCUAAGGUGUCUUAUCUGCGGACCAUUCCUACUGAAGCCGGCAGGUCUCUGUUGGUGUCUGGCUGGUGGGGGUUUGUUCGCCAUCCGAACUACCUGGGUCACCUCAUCAUGGCUUUGGCAUGGUCCCUCCCAUGUGGAUUCAACCACCUUCUACCGUACUAUUAUCUGAUUUACUUCACUAUUUUACUAAUGCACCGUGGCGCUCGUGAUGAGAGACAGUGCAGGAAGAAGCAUGGACUGGCGUGGGAAGAGUACUGUCGACAAGUGCGCUACCGUAUCUUUCCACGCAUCUACUGAGAUGGGACACCAUCCAUCUACGUUCACGUCGGCAGCUAAGUUUGUGAAGUCAUCUAAGUAACAGAAAAAUAACAAGUGGAUUUGGAAACAUUAAAACUGCAUUUUUAUUUCAAGAAGAACUCUGAAAGACCUAGGUAAACAGCUUUUGGCAAUUAUAGAAUAAGUAUCAAAUUUAUACUCUUAUUUAAAAGCAUUGAAAUCUAAUGUUAAGCGAAAAAUAAAAGUUCUGAAGAGUG